CCUCCGGCUGUUCCGCAAGACAGGCGACGAUGAAAGUCCUGGCGCUGCUGGCCGUGCUGUUCCUGGUGUCGGCGCAGGCGUUGGCGGAGGAACUGGGAGAGCCCGACGAGCUGAACUACUGGGCGGACUGGUCCGAGGGCGACCAAAACAAGGAGGAGUUGCCUUUACCCUUUGAACACUUUCUCCAGAGAAUUGCCAGGCGACCCAGACCCCAACAGUUCUAUGGCUUGAUGGGCAAACGAGAUGCUGGACACAAAAUGGAUAGAUUUACUGGACUCAUAGGCAAAAGAUCUUUAAAUUCCGGAUCUUCUGAAUGGAACACGGCACAAAUGUAUGAAAGGAGACGUAAAUGAGACAUUCCUGCCAUUCUUUGUCAAAAAUUGUUUGUUUUAAGUGGCCAAGUUAGUGUAAUAUAAAAUAGCCAUUGUACGGAAUAAUUAUUUCUUUAUGAUUAUUUUUGGGGUUGUAAAUUCAAUUAAAAGAAUGAUUCUUGUUUCUUAUCAUGGCAGCGAUACAUACAGUAUACAGGUAUGUGAUGGGUUCUACGAUGGCAACUCCAUACAGAAAUAGAAAUCAGUGGUGUUUCACACCAAAGCACAUUAUUUGAUAUGUUCUGUAAAAGAUGUUCACCAAAAGUUUUUAAAAAAAGUGGUAAAGAAAUUUUAAAAAAUCUUUUGUUAAUUUAUAGCAAUUGUAUUAGCUUCACUACCAACGCCAAGUUGAUCUGGUGUCUAGUGCCUCAAUUUGUGUUCAUAGCAAAACAAAAACAAAAAAAAUGUACUGUAAUUUCUGUAGCCAAAAUAUAUUUGUAUCAUUACAGCAUGUCAUGUUAUUGUUGUUGUGGUGGUGGUGGUUGUUUCGUGCCUACAUAUAUAUUUUUUAAA